UCUUCUUUACCGAUAACAUCUUCCAGAUUCCUUAUAAGAUUUAAUAUUUUUUACUAUUCACGCGACAGCGCUGUUGUAGAGAGCACAUGGCAGGACUGCUAGAAAAUUUGUGUUCGUAAUAUUUUAUAUAUUGUGCCACAAAAACACGUUGAACAGAAGUUGACGUUCGGUUUUUUCAAAAGUAUUUGUCAAUGCACUAUAUAAUAAGAUUUGGUGAUAGACAUGACUGAAUCCACCGAAGCAGUGAUCGAUGAGGUUAUUAUUCAACCGAGCAAAAUACAGCCAAUUAUCGUGAAUUUUCAAAAUGGAGCUCUCAAAGAUGAAGAAACAAGUCGUAUGGACUGUGGUGUUUAUUAUGACAAAAAGAAACAAAAUACCGUAUUGGCAAUGUCCAACGGACAAAUAGUAUAUAAAGGAUAUCGACCGGACUCUGAAAAAGAACUGACAUACACUAUGUUAGCGAUUCAUAGUAAAAGAACAGGAAAAAUAAAGCUGAUACAAGCAGAACGAUGGGAAGUUGCGCCAGUUCUAGAUAAGCAAGUACAAAUUGAUGAGACACUGAGUAACACAGAGAAAAUUGGUGCCUUGAACAAACAAUUUGGAUCAAAGAAAAUCAAAAGAAGAACAGAACUUCAUGAAAGAUUAAGGAUCAACAUUUCAUCGGCGCAAGAACAACUAGAAAAAAGUGUAGCCGAUAUUGAAAUCGAUAGAGCGGAUUUGAGUGUCAAGUCAGUGGAUAAUGACUCUUCCACAAAUGAUCAAUUACCGCCGUGCAAUAGAGAAGCAUUGAAUCCUAAAGAUGUUUAUAACGUUUACGAUAUUGUCCCUGAAGAUGUGUUGCAAUCUGUGUAUGACAAGAUCGACGAAAUUAUAGAAAGCAACACCGAGGGUAAAUCGGAGUUUUAUGUUAAAACAAUGAAGCACAUACAGUCAGAAUCGAAGAAAAAUAAAAAAAUUGCUAUGUUGGAGUACAUACAGACUGUUGAAACUUGGUUCGAGGUGCCUUUCAGAGAUGUUAAAAAACGAGGUUUACAAAUUUAUCCACAUUCGGAACAGCUCAAUAAUUACAUUAUUGAAACUUAUAGUAUGGUUGGUGCAAAUGGAAGGCAACGACCAACAACUAUGAAGGACAAAGGUAUCAUACACUGUAUGAUAAUGGCUCUUAUGUUGUGGAAUUUCACUCUGGAUAUCGAACUUUUCAUUACACUGUUCAGCAAUUCCCGAGUCGGCCUUAAAAAAUUUACUGAUCUUGCAAGAAUAAUCGGCGCCAUGCCAUCUAAGGAGAACAAGAAACUUUUCUGUUUGAAAAUUCCAUUGCCAGCUCCUUUGAGCACAGUACGAAAGGGAAGAGGAAAAAAAUUGAGAUGAUUUCAGUGGACUUUUCAUAAUUUAUUCAAACCCAUUUUUACUACGAAAAUACAACUUUUUCUAAACACC